UUAAUGAGUUAAAGAAAUUAGUGACGUUAAAACUAAUUUGCAUGAACGCGUUAUUAUCAGGUUAACUUUGACAGCCCUAAUACUAAUUGACGAUGGAGCUGCAGAUGUUACAUCCCUUAAUUUAUAACAUUCAAUCAUGUUUGAGAAUGCUCAGCUUUACUUGUACAUUUUUUACACAGAUAAUCCUUAUAGCAGCAGUUGUGUGGCAUGACUACUGGAGCACAGCAUUGCAGAAAAUUGUUGCUGCACUGACUCCUCCUGCCUAAGGGUGUUUCCUUCUGCACACAACCACAGUUAUAGGUGUUUUUAUGGCUGAUGGAAAACACUUACCGAGAUGUCACUGACUCGGGUGUGGCCUGAAUAGCGACACUUGUAAAUGCUUCAACGCACAGAGAGCAGCAGCUGCUUCCUUAAUUGUAUCGCUGUUGAUUUACCCUUUAACACUUGGCACUUUUUUUGAAUGGACUGCAGUAGGUGAAUUUCACUGCUAUGUUUAGUACUGCAGCUAUCAGGGCUGCGCGUGCCUUGCUCUGCUGUCCCAGUUCCAGGUGUAACACACCACAGAGUCCAGUCCUGUCAGGCUCGUUUGCAAGAAAUUCUCUGAUGGAUACAAAUAGGUGCCAGCAAACCAGCUGGUCAGUCAGGCUGAAGGCUUCAAAGAGCAAGGAAAUGCUUUCUACAGCAAGAAAGAUUACUCUGAGGCUUUCAACUAUUAUACUAAGGCCAUAGAUGUAAGCCCCAAAACUGCCAGUUAUUAUGGCAACAGGGCCGCCACGCUGAUGAUGCUCUGUCGCUUUCGAGAGGCCCUAGAAGAUUCCCAGCAGGCUGUGCGGCUGGAUGACUGUUUCAUGAAGGGUCAUCUACGUGAGGGCAAAUGUCACCUGUUGUUGGGAAACGCCAUGGCGGCCAAUCGCUGCUUUCAGAAGGUUUUGGAGCUGGAGCCUAGCAACAGAGAGGCCCAGCAGGAGAAUAAGACUGCAGCGACUCUACUGGAGUAUGAACACAUGGCGGGUUUUGGCUUUGAAAAGCGGGAUUUCAGAAAGGUGGUGUACUGCAUGGACCGGGCCUUAGGUGUGGCUUCUGCCUGUCACCGCUUCAAAAUCCUCAAGGCCGAGUGUCUGGCUCUGCUGGGACGCUAUCCAGAAGCCCAGUCUGUAGCAAGUGAUAUCCUGCGAAUGGAUUCCACCAACGCAGACGCGCUCUACGUCCGAGGCCUGUGUCUCUACUACGAGGAUUGCAUCGAUAAAGCUGUACAGUUCUUUGUCCAGGCUCUGCGCAUGGCACCUGACCACGAGAAGGCCCGGCUAGCCUGCAGAAACGCCAAAGCCUUAAAAGCCAAGAAAGAUGAGGGCAACCUGGCAUUUAAGAGCUGCAGCUAUGAAGCCGCCUACCAGCUGUAUACUGAGGCCCUGACGAUAGACCCCAACAACAUCAAGACCAACGCUAAACUCUACUGCAACAGAGCCACGGCAGGAUUAAAGCUGAAGAAACUUAAUGAAGCCAUUGAAGACUGCACCAGUGCAAUCAAACUAGAUGACACUUACAUCAAGGCCUACUUAAGAAGAGCUCAGUGUUACAUGACCACAGAGCAGUAUGAGGAGGCCGUACGGGACUAUGAAAAAGUUUACCAGACAGAAAAAACAUCAGAGCACAAGCAUCUGCUGAAGACGGCACAGCUGGAGCUGAAGAAGAGCAAGAGGAAAGAUUAUUACAAGGUGCUGGGGGUCGGCAAGAACGCCACCGAGGACGAGAUCAAAAAAGCUUAUCGCAAACGGGCCCUCAUGCACCACCCAGACCGUCACAGUGCGGCAACUCCAGAGGUUCAGAAGGAGGAGGAAAAGAAAUUCAAGGAGGUUGGCGAGGCCUUCACUGUGCUCUCCGACCCGAAGAAGAAGAUCCGCUACGACAAUGGACAUGACCUGGAUGAUGAAGGCUCCUUCGAUGGCGGUGAUUUCGAUGCAAACAACAUCUUCAGGGCUUUCUUCGGUGGCCAUGGUGGUGGAGGACACGGAGGAGGAGGAGGAUUUAGUUUUGAUUCCAGUCCAGACUCUGGACCUGGAAAUUUCUUUUUCCAAUUCGGUUAAAGUGAAGGAUCAUGCGGGAAAAUGCAGCCCUGCAGUGGACAAAAUCAAGUUGGACCCACAGUCACCUCCUGAUGCUCAUACUCCUGAGUGUCUUGCAAAAUCUCCCCACUAUUCCUUAUUCAAGAGGUUUUUGAUUAUUGCAUUCACUCCCAAAUUUACUCCUCGCACUGACGCUAACAAACAGUGGGAAAGAUAAUUGAGAGACUUUAGUUAAGAAUUAACAUUGUAAAUAAAGAAGUGCUAAGAAGUCUUUUUUGUUUUUAAAGGGGUUUGGAUCGGCCGAUCAGAGCAUGUCCCUGUUGCCAAAAUCAAAAUAUUAGGUGAAAUCUUGUAAAAAAAACGGCCUCAACCUUAAUAAAGGUGACCAGUACUAAGAAAUGGAUUGGUAAGCAACAUGGUUGAUUAGUUUUAGAAGACAUAACAUGCGUUUUUAAGGUUCUCCUGAGACAGCAUGUCUUUAUAGAGCAAGAGUCAAUGUACUGUGGGAGUUCAAUGUGAAAACUGACCUCAGGACAGCCUGUUUAGCACAGCGCCAGUCUCUUGCAAGUGCGUGUUCAGGUUUUAUUGGCUCACUUGCCAAAUAUAGAAUCGACGUGCAGGGUUUUUGUUUCUUCUCCAUGCUGCAUUGUAUAUUUGACUCGAAUGUAAAGCGUUUUGUGUCCAUAAAUUUGUUUUUCUUCUUCAGUCUUCCCUCGGUCUAUUUAUAUUUAUUGUACUGUAUAUUCUAACCUGUAUACAGCAGAAUGCCAGUGUUCGUCUUCCUCCUUUUUUUUUUAAGAGACUCAUUUGUAAAUGUUUCCCACAUCAUUUCUCUUUGCUCUCAGAUUGCGCAAAGUAUUUUAUUUUAUUUUUCUGACACCGGCCAAAAUCAGCACACCCGCAGAUUUUCUUCUCUUGAAAGCACCGACCACACAUCUGUCCCCUUUCAAAUUCAAGUGGUGCCUUACUAGAAUGAGCACUUAAGUUAAUCUUCCUGCAGUCAAACCUACAUCAAAAGCUGCAGAGCCAUUCCUGUUUGCAAAAGGCAACAGCUACUCUUUUGCAGCUUUUUGUUUUUAUCCUCUUUCACAGGACUUUUUUUCAUAUCCGGACAGUGAACGAAAUUGAAUUUUUGCAAGUGAAUUCCUCAUCUCGUCGAACACAAAAGACUUCAUGUCAUUGCCAAUCACACCUAGCUGUCAUCCACCCAUACUUGUCAUGCACGUUCUGUCAGUACGGCCCUUCCCCUACUUGUUCCACCCGUUUUUUAAAGUGGCACUGAUGGUAGGUUUGAAGCUUCUAUUGUUAAUUGUUCUGUCACUGAUCUGUGUAUCAUUUUUAAAACUUGUCACAGUAUUAACGACAUGCUUUUCUUAUUGCGAAAAAAAAUAAAGGCUCGUCUUUUACUGUAA